AUGAUCUUCAUCAUCUCAUCAUUCAUCAUCACCAUCCUAUUCUCCAAUCAACUCCUCCAAGUCCACUCCUUUCAUUUUAACGUUGGAGAUAUCUCCGGUUGGAUUGUCCCCCCAAAGAACGACACCAAAUACUACAACGAAUGGGCUUCUAAAAACAGAUUCCUAGUUCAUGACACCAUCCGUUUUCGGUACAAGAAGGACUCUGUAAUGGAGGUGACUGAAAAAGAGUUCAAUAACUGCAAUUCAACAAGACCCAUUUCGUUUUCUAACAAUGGUCAUACAAAAAUUGAGUUUGAACGUUCUGGGUUGUUUUAUUUCAUUAGUGGUGCUUCUGGUCAUUGCCAACUUGGACAAAAGAUGGUAGUGAAAGUUAUGUCACCGGAGGAAGAUGGAAAUAACCGUUCUUCUUCUUCUGUGUUGUCCGGUGCUUAUGGAGGAAUGGCGGCUAUGAUUCAUCUUGCUCUGUUUUGUUACUUUAAUUAA